UUACAACGUCCGCGGCUGCAGAGCGCACACCUGUAUCGCUCGUGGCUGCUCCUGUCUGUGUCUCUCGCCCGGACACAACAUGAAGCUCGUCGGCACUGUCGUCGUCUUGAGUGUGGCCGUCAUGACGGUGCUGAUCUACCAGGCCCUGCGCCAGGAGAUCCGGCUGCGAGGGUUGAAAACCCGCACGGCGGAGAGCCACGAGACGGUGAAGGCGAAGGAGGAAAUGAUCAUCGAGGUGAAAAAGAAAACCGUGGAGCUGAAGACGGAGAUGGACGCCGCCAACGCAAAGAUAGACGAGCUGAGGAACAAGAAGGCGGAGGUCGAGAAGUCCAUACAGGAGUUUGAGAAAAGUCUGACCAGCUGCAACACGGAGAAGGAAGCGGCAGAUACGAAGAAGAAAGAAGUGUGGGAGACCAUGAAUAAACUUAAAGCUGAUCACGCAGAGGCUAAAAAGAAAGCAGAGGAGGAUAUUCAGACCUUGAAACAACAGAUCCUGGAUAAAGAUAAAGCUAUUUGUGCCUUUGCCGACAUGACAAAAGAAGAAGCAAAGAAGCUGUGUGGAACCGCCGCAGCUGCAGCAUAAAGUCAACUCAGAACGCUCAACAUUGACUGAACUCUUUAAAGAAGAGUCAAAUGCAUGCAGGGAUAUUUUGUAAUAUCACUUUGAUUAUAGCUCUGAUGUGUACAUCUUUUAUGGGACAAAUGGCAGAGACAGGGAGUGGGGAAAUAUGUUGCAAAUGUUUAUAUCUUUUUUUUAAAUGUGAUUUACUUUUUACUCGAAGUCUUCAUAAAUACAUGAACUUGGAUUUUUAGUCGUAGCCUCCCCUGAUUCAACUGGUAAAGCUAGUUGUGUAGCAUCUGAAUCAGCCUGCCUGAGGCAUAUACGAGCUGGGAAAUGUCCCCUGUCCCCGUGCGGUGGCCACCAGAAAAGUACAUGAUAAUCGCUGUAAUCUCCUUUGUGUUUGUUAAACUCGCUCAAUAGAACAAAAUGCUUCUUGGAAAUACCAUAUCCGGGGGUGGAGUGAGAGAUAUGUUAUUAAAGUAAAACGCUAUUAAUUAUUUAUAUAAAUGUUUACUGACAGGCGUGUUUCCAAACAUGUGUAUAAAAGCCACAGUACUUUCUAUCUAAAAUCUGAUUGUAGACAAUAAAGUCUCACCUGGCAGAA